AUGACAGCUGCGGAUUUGAUUGAUUCUACCGGGCACUGGAGGGAUUCAUUGAUUAAACUGUUUUUUCCUACCAUGGUAGCCUGUAAAAUUCUUACAAUUUACAUUCCGCAACAUGGAAGAGAGGAUCACAUGAUAUGGGAGUUCAAAAGAAGCGGGGCUUAUUCUGUCAAGUUGGGAUACCAUUUGGCUGUAACUGUCCGUCGGAGUCAGAAUCCAUCAUCAUCUUCACCAUCCCAAGGGUCAACAAUUCCACAUAGUGUUUGGAAACGGUUUGACAUGCAGUUGGUUCUUGGUGCACCUCAAGUGCCAUGUUACUUUAGUUUUGGUGAUUCUAUAGCUGAUAAUGGCAAUAACAAUAACCUCCCAACAAUAGCAAAGGCAAAUUAUCCACCUUAUGGGAUUGAUUUUCCUGACGGCUCAACAGGAAGAUACACCAACGGUCGAAACAUUCCUGACUUUAUUGCUCAGCUCCUCGGAUUUGAUAAUUUUAUCCCCCCAUACGCAACUGCAAGAGGACAGGACAUUAUCAAAGGUGUAAAUUAUGGUUCUGGUGGAGCUGGAAUUCGCGAUGAGACAAGUUUUCAGCUGGGUGCUCGUAUCAGCUUUAACCAGCAGCUGCAGAAUCAUGGUAGAACAAUUUCACGUAUUAGUCUCUUACACGGAAGUCCGACUUCGGCAAAAGAUUAUCUAAGCAAAUGCUUGUACACUGUUCUGAUUGGAAGCAAUGAUUACCUCAACAAUUACUUCCUGCCACAAUUUUAUUUAACAAGUCGGACCUAUACCCCAGAUCAAUAUGCUGAAGUUUUGAUUCGACAAUUUUCUCAACAACUAAAGACUUUGUACAAUUAUGGAGCUAGAAAAAUUGCACUAUUUGGAUUGGGCGCCCUUGGUUGUAUUCCUGCAGUGAUAGAUAGUUCCGGGGGGACUACGUGCGUGGAUUCAGUCAAUGCCGCAGUUCAAAUAUUUAAUGACAGACUUAAACCACUUGUAGAUGACCUUAAUUCACAAUUAGUGGGCGCAAAGUUCAUCUAUUUAAAUACUAGCAGCAUUCAGUCAGGAGAUCCAACAAGUCUUGGCAUACAGUUUUUCACUGAACCCUGCUGCCAAGUUGAUUCAUCAACUGGACUCUGCAUUCUUGGAAGUACUCCGUGCAGCAAUAGGACCCAGUACGCGUUUUAUGAUGCCAUACAUCCUACCGAGACUGUGUAUCAAGCUUACUCGAUCAGAGCCUUUGAUUCAGUUCUGCCCUCGGAUGCUUAUCCAAUGGACAUUCGCCACCUUGCUCAACUAUGA